GUCGCAACCAAACUCCAAUCAGUGAUCAGAUCCGUAAAUAAAACACACGUGCGUUGGUCUCCUUGAUCAAAAUGUUUCAUAGUUUAUAAAAAAAUACUUGAAUUCAGAAAUUAGGAAUUCUUUCAAAAUUUCGUUAACAGUACACAAUUAUGGCAGCAACAACCAGCGAAAGUGAGGACAAUAUGGAGAUGCUUCAAUCGCCGCCCAAGCUUGGACUGUGCGAAAUUUGUAAUGCGAUUUUGGCAAAGUACACCUGUCCGAAGUGUGAAGUCAAAUCCUGCUGCUUGAAAUGCGUCAACAUCCACAAGAAGGAAUUGAACUGCGAUGGCAUUCGGGACAGGACCAAGUACAUUCCCUUGAAGAAGAUGACAAAGAUGGAGAUGAUGAGCGAUUACUACUUCCUGGAGGAAUGCACCCGGUUUGUGGAUGACCGGAAGCGGGACAAAAUCAAACGAUACACGCGAUACAACAAAAGCCUACCGCCGUCGUUGUUCCGAUUGAGAUGCGCAGCGCGGGAGCGCGGGACGACGUUAAAAUUUCUGUUGCAAAAUUUUACGAAGCACCAGAAAAAUACGAGCCAGCUGAAUUUCAAAACCUCGGUCAUUCACUGGCGCGUAGAGUGGUGCUUUCCGAAUGCGGAAGGACUGAUGUUCGUGGAUGAGCGAUGCGAUGAAAACCAAUCCUUGUUUGAUUUGUUGAGCAAGUACUUGGAAGCGGGGAAUGGAGAGGACUUUACCGGAAAGAACAAGCUCGAGUUUUACCAGUCCCGUGGAUUGAGCCGGGUCCGAGUGCUGUUGAAAGCGGAAGGUGUGAAACGUUGCAAGAAUCGGUUCUUCGAACUGAAACCGAAGAAAUCACUCAAGGAAAAUUUGAAGGGUAAGACCAUCGUGGAGUACCCUGUAGUUUACAUUAUUUUCAAGGAAGCAUCCGAUGGUUUCGAUGUGAUUGAAUCUGACGAAGAUGUUGAAGCAGAAACGAGACUGUAUCAAAAGUAUCUGGACAAUCAGUUCGGGUGGAACAGAACACACGUCCAGCAGGAAACCUCGGACCAGAGGGACAAGGAAUCGAAGGUGCUGGACGGAAUUGACAGGCUGGAAAUCGCGAAGAAGCGCGAAGAUCGCAAGAAGAAGAGGGAGGCGGCCAACGUUGAGCCGGCAAAUUACCUGUUCAGCGAUGAGAACAUUUGGAACCAGUAUUCGUCCGAUUCGGACGGACAGGUAACGGAAGAGGAAUCGGAUACCGAAGAAAAGUUCUCACCAAAGCGGAUUAAGACGGAGCAAGAGUAGUUAGGGUUGUGAGAGUGCCUAGCAAGUAGGAUUUUUUUCCUUUAAUUAUUGUUGAAUUUUUGAAUUGUUUGAUGUCACGAAUGGUAUACCGAUAGAAGGUAUAGAGUUGA